AUGGUCACCCUCUACGACGCCUGCAUCCCGAUGAUGAUCAAGUACCUCGGCAACCUCAAACACAUCCUCAAAAAAGCCGAAGAACACUGCGUCGCAAAGGGCCUGAACCAGGAGGAGAUGAUCAAAUUCCGCCUCAUCGAAGACAUGCGAAGCCUCGACUUCCAAGUCCAAUCCGUCUCCAACACGGCAAAAUUCAUCCCCACCCGCCUCGCCGCCCUCCCGGACGUCUUCUUCGCCGACGACGAGUCCACCUUCCCGCAGCUGCAAUCCCGCGUCGACGCCACCGUCGACGUCCUGCGCGCCAUCCCCCGCGACGCCUUCGACGGCCGCGAGGACGCCGAGGUCGUGCUCGCGUCCAAGAUGGGCGACUUCAAGUUCACGGGCUACGCGUACGUCGUGCAGUACGCGUGCCCGAAUUUCCACUUCCACCUGGCGUCGGCGUAUUGCAUCCUCAGGCACCUGGGCGUGCCGCUGACGGCGUUUGAUUACCUCGACUCGCAGAAGGAUUUGUUCGUCAAGGUGGAGAAGGCCGAGUAG